AAGUACAAAACCUAUGGCUGCUUUCAUUUUGAGAAAACAGAAAUUUUCAACAAAAAAUUUGCUGUGCAUCGUUAUUAUUGGUUUACUUUAUCUCAUUUUGGCACAAAGAAAUGCACCUCGUUAUUCCAAUAAUGAUUUACGUCCCAGUUCCCGUAAUAAUUCCCAUUCAAAUUGGCCGUUUAAUAUACCACAACAGUAUGAUCAACAAUAUUUACAUGAAUGGAACGAGCCAAUUAAGGUGAAUGUAUCAAAUCCUUCUGAUCGUGGUGAGGGUGGAAGUGCAUUUUAUCCAAGACUUGAUGAAAAAGAAUUAAUGAAAAAGCUUCGUAAGGAGCAUAAUUAUAAUGCAUUUGCAUCUGAGAAAAUUUCGAUGCGUCGCUCCUUGCCUGACUAUCGUUUUCCUGAGUGUCGAAGCUUAAUUUAUCCAAACAAAUUACCAACAGCAACUGUGAUAAUUGUUGUGCACAAUGAGAUAUGGGCCACACUGUUACGCACAGUUUGGAGCAUCAUUGAUCGUUCGCCGCGUGAACUCAUUGAUGAAAUAAUUAUAGUGGAUGAUGCUAGCACUUGGACACAUCUUAAACAGCCUCUUGACGAUUAUGUUAAAACACUUCCGGCCAAUAUUAAGAUUAUGCGCACAGAAAAACGAGAAGGAUUGAUAAGAGCUCGACUGAAGGGUGCCAAUGUGGCCAAAGGGAAUAUUUUGGUUUUUCUUGACGCUCAUAUCGAAUGUACAGAUGGAUGGUUACCUCCAUUACUCUCUCGAAUCGCUUGGAAUCGUUCAGUAGUAGCUGUACCUCUUAUAGACAAUAUUGGAAUUGAAGACAUGAAAUACAGGACAUUGCCGGUCAACAUGAAUGGUAUUCAUUGGACUUUGAUUUUCGAUUGGUCUCCACUUCCUCAAAGGGAAAUUAUUCGAACGAAACAUGAUAGAACUGCUCCAAUACGAACACCAACCCACAUUGGAUGUGCCUUUGCCAUGGAUCGUGAAUUCUUUUUCGAAAUUGGUUCAUACGACGAAGGAAUGGACAUCUGGGGUACAGAAAACCUAGAAUUGGCAGUGAGAACUUGGAUGUGCGGUGGAUCACUGGAGAUAUUGCCUUGUUCUAGAGUGGCACAUUUAUUUCGAUCGUCAACUUAUUCGUUUGAUGGAAAUAAAAAUGAAAUAAAAGUUCGAAAUAACAACCGUUUCAUUCAAGUGUGGAUGGACGACUUCAAAGAUUAUAUUUAUGCAGCGUUUCCAAAAUGGAAGAGUAUUCCAACGGGUGAUUUGACAGAGCGAAUAAAUCUGAGAAAAAAACUCCAAUGUAAAAGUUUUCGAUGGUACCUUGAGAACAUUUAUCCAGAAAGUGCAUGGUUAAAGCCUUUCAUUACAAUGGGAACUAUAAGAAAUGGAUUGCACAAUAUAUGUUUAGAUGCAUACACAAUGACAGUAUCACAAGCACUUAUACCGUAUACAUGCCAUGGUGAAGGUGGUGCACAAUUCUUCGCAUUCACUGUUCAUGGCCAAAUGAUGACAUGGAGAUUGUCAUGUGUGGGAAUUCAAGGGAAAUCCGUUGUUUUAGUUUCAUGCAAUGAAGACGACAAAUAUCAACAGUGGGACUAUAACAAAGAGAAACACUGGAUAGUGCAUCGAGAAAGCAGUUUGUGUAUGCGAAAAAACCAAACUGGUAUCGUACUAGAUACUUGUAAUCAAUCUGACAUUGAAAUGAAAUGGGAAAUUGUAUCAAAUGUAUGAAGAAAAUAAUGAGAAAUUUAAAUUGUCGUCAAUUAAAAUUGCACAAUUCGGUCAAAAAAAAAAUUGUCACUAUUGUUUGAAGAUGAUUACUUACAUAUUAGUAAUAAAAUUAGUUUAUUUUCGAGAAAUAUAAAAUUACCAAAAUAUUUUUAUUCAGUCAAGAAAGAUUGAGAUCGUUAAACAUAGAGAGAUUCAAUAACAAUGAUAUCCGAGGGGGAAACCACGGAUUCUAAUAUGUGCUAAUUUUUUCUAAUAUUUCUAGUAAAACGCCAUAUGACAUGUACAUUUGACAUCUUUCUAAAAUGUUCUAGUUUUUCUAGUAUCGAGUUCGUGGGUAACCCCAAGAUGAUAUCUGUCAAUGUAAAUGGAAAAUGGUGUACCAUUGAAUUAUUCGUGAGCCACGAAUCGUGGUUCUCUUGUGUACACAAAGAAUUUUACCGAUUCUAUGGGCAAUUUAUUUAUUCAAAUACGGAGUGCAAUAACUAUGAAACGGAUCAUGCUGUUCUCAUCGUUGGAUACGGAAUAGA